AUGUCCGACUCAGCGAUGGCCGCCACGCUGCAGGAGCAGGUCGCGGUAGACGACUUGGGUUCAGACCAGUUCGUCAGUCGCGCGAACCCAGCCCGUAUGGGAAACGCGGCAAACAUCGCCUACGGAGGUUGCACCAUCGGCAUCGGUGUCCAGGCAGCAUGCAGUACCGUGCCGGCGAACUACCUCCUCUACUCGACCACGGGCAACUACUUGGGCCCGGCCUUGACGGACCGCAAACUCAAAUGUUCGGUCCGCAGAGUCCGCGACACAAGGACCUUCGCCACCCGGCUCGUCGAGAUCAGCCAAGACCAAGACGACGGCAAGUCGAGGUUGUGCAUGAUCAUGCUUGCCGACUUCCAAGUGAAGGAGGAGAAGUCUCUUUUCGUAUACUCAGCACCGCCAUCCAUGUCCUAUUCGUCCCCCGAGAAGUGCCCCGCCGUGGAGGAGCGGACAAAAGACUUGGUGCGAAGGGGAAUCGUGACAGAAAACAUGGUCAAGCUAUACAUGGCUUCUUUCGGUUUAAACGAGCGCUUCUUGGAGACCCGUGGCGUACCAGAGACCGUUGGCCCGAACAACCUCUUGGGCAUCGCAAAGAAGGCAAAGACGCCCCAGGACGACCUGCACCUCACUUCCAAGACAUCUGCCGAUUGGUUCCGUUGUCGGCAUUCCAUGGGACGUCUCCAGGACCAGCUUGCUGGUCUUGCUUUUGUCUUGGACGGGGCUCUGUCUUUCGUUCCCCUGACACACAGCAACAUGUUCCUUGACGACGCAGGCCCUUGCUCUUCGCUCGACUUUGCCCUGAGAUUCUUCACGGGUGAUGUCGACAUGGCAAAGUGGCACAUGAGAGAGAUGAAGACCAUCACAGGCAACGACGGGCGGACCUAUACCGAAGCUCGGCUCUGGGAUAGAGAGGGGCAUAUGGUUGCAAUCAUGAAUCAGCAGUCCAUCAUGCGGCCCCCGAAAGGGUUGACUCGAGCAUCACUUUGA